GCAAAACAUAUAUGGAAAAACUCACUACCGAUUAGUGUUUGCAACACAUGCAUAUAUUGACUCUUAAUUAACCUCAUUCUUCUCUCAAAACUUUUCAACCACAAUGGGUGAAUCAUCAUCAUCAUCUUCUACCCAACACUCCACCAUUGAUCCGUACAAAUUUCUCAAUGUCAAAAUCAACUCUAACGGUUCCUUAACAAGAUACGACAUUGUCCCCACCCUGGCACCCUCAACUGACCCCAACAAAACCGAUUCCAUAGAAGCUUUCUCUAAAGACAUAACGUUAAACACCUCCGCUAAAAUUUCCAUACGUCUCUUCAUCCCACAUACACCGCCAUCUCCCGGAAAACUUCCCAUCAUUCUAUACUUCCACGGCGGCGGCUUCAUCUUCUACCACCCUUCCUCCCUUAUCUUCCACGAAUCAUGUUCCAUAUACGCCUCCAAAAUCCCCGCUGUUGUCGCCUCCGUUGACUACCGUCUUUCGCCGGAGCAUCGUCUACCCGCCGCCUAUGACGACGCCAUCGAAUCUCUUCUUUGGCUCAAAUCCCAAUCGAAAAAUCCAAAUGAAUCUGAUCCAUGGAUUAAAAACCACGUGGACUUCGAUAACUGUUUCAUAAUGGGAGUCGGCGCGGGAGGUAACAUCGCCUACUUCGCGGGUCUUCGUAGUCUCGAUCUCGAUCUCUCUCCUGUUAAAAUCCGAGGGCUGAUAUUAAACUCUCCGUUAUUCGGUGGGGUCCAGAGAACGGAAUCUGAGCUUGGUUUAAUCAACAAUCAUGUAUUACCCUUACCUGCGGCUGAUUUAAUUUGGAACCUGUCCUUGCCUGAGGGUGCAGAUCGCGAUCACAUGUACUGUAAUCCGACGGUUGCAGAUGAGGCAUAUGGUGAGAAGAUCGGACGGUUGCCGAAGUGUUUGGUUAGUGGAUACGAUUGGGAUAUUCCUAAAGAAAAUUAUAUUGUGGAAUACUGUGGGGAUCCCGUGGUGGAUAAACAAAAGGAGUUGGUGAAGAUUUUGAAAGCACAUGGGGUGCACGUGGUGUCGUGUAUUCGGGAAUAUGGGUUUCAUGCUCUGGAAGUGUUUGAACCUUAUGCUUCUAGUUCAUGGGCUUUGAUUGAGGACAUUAGGAAGUUUGUAGGUGCUUGAUAAACUUCUCUAUGAUGCAUGUGUGUUUUUCUCUUAUAAACUAAUAUUGAUUGAAUGGUAAUAAAAUUAUAGGCAUUACAUUGUUGAAAAAUACCAAAUAAAAUGAAAAUCUCUCGAUGGUUUUUGCAAAAGUAAUACUAAAGAAACACAAAUAUGAAAGGGGAUCAUCAUAUUUUACUAUGUCAAUAUUAUACAUAUCUUUAGGGUUAGAUUGGAUCAUCACAUUUUACUAGGCUUUAGAUUUCAAAUUUGGAGAGGAACCCAUUGGACGUGUUGCUUCUGCAUGGAUGGUGGUGGAUUGUUUUACUACAAACAGGUGGAAAAUGCUUUGGGUAUUUAUCAAUUCAGGAGAGAAUUGAUGUGCAAAAAUGAACAAAGUUGGUUUUGAAGUUGUGUCAUGUUUAUGGCUUUGACAUGUUUUCAACGUUAUUAGUAAAUGAUGGUUUUUGCAUGAAA